GAGAGCGGAAGCUGUGCGGGUGUAAACAAGUUGUCAGUCACUCUGCAGUGGGUUUCCAGACAGUCCUUGCUAGCGCCAGGAGCCGGAGCAGAAGCAAUGGGAGCUGUGCUUGGAGCUUUGUCUUUAGCCAGUUGGAUCCCUUGUUUAUGUGGCAGUGCACCAUGCCUUCUCUGUGCAUGCUGCCCAAGUGGGAAGAAUUCAACAGUGACUCGUUUGAUCUUCGCAUUCUUUCUGCUGCUUGGAGUUGGAGUGGCUUGUAUUAUGUUAAUGCCAGGAAUGGAAGAGCAGCUUAAGAAGAUACCAGGAUUUUGCGACGGUGGAAUAGGUACAUCCAUUCCCGGAGCCCAUGGACAAGUGAACUGUGACGUGCUGGUUGGAUACAAGGCUGUUUACCGGGUUUGCUUCGGCAUGGCAAUGUUCUUCCUUCUCUUUUCCCUGUUGAUGAUUAAAGUGAAAAGCAGCCAGGACCCGAGGGCUGCAGUCCACAAUGGGUUUUGGUUUUUUAAAUUUGCCAUAGUGGUUGCUAUCACAGUGGGUGCUUUCUUCAUUCCAGAAGGACCCUUUACAACAGUCUGGUUCUAUGUUGGAAUGGCUGGUGCAUUUUGUUUCAUCUUAAUCCAGCUGGUCCUACUCAUUGACUUUGCCCACUCCUGGAAUGAAUCAUGGGUUGAAAAAAUGGAAGAAGGCAAUUCGAGAUGCUGGUAUGCAGCAUUGUUGUCUGCAACAGGCAUGAAUUACCUGCUAUCCCUGGUUGCUGUAGUCCUAUUCUAUUGUUACUACACGCAUCCUGAAGGGUGCACUGAAAAUAAAGUCUUCAUCAGCUUAAAUAUGCUGCUGUGCGUAGCUUCGUCUAUCAUGUCCAUCCUCCCAAAGAUACAGGAAUCUCAACCUCGAUCUGGUUUGCUACAAUCUUCCAUCAUCACCUUGUAUACCAUGUAUCUAACAUGGUCUGCUAUGACUAAUGAACCAGACCGAAAAUGCAAUCCCAGUUUGCUAAGCAUGAUUGGCUAUAACAGCACAGGGACUCAUGUCCCUGGUCAGGUUAUCCAGUGGUGGGAUGCGCAAGGAAUUGUAGGACUGGUUCUGUUUUUACUCUGUGUUCUGUAUUCAAGCAUCCGGACCUCAAACAAUAGCCAGGUCAACAAACUGACCUUAACCAGUGAUGAAUCUACACUGAUAGAUGAAGGAGUUGGUCGAAGUGAUGGUUCCUUGGAAGAUGGUAACAGUGCACAUCGUGCAGAAGACAAUGAGAAAGACGGUGUCACCUACAGUUAUUCCUUCUUUCACUUCAUGUUGUUUUUGGCUUCCCUCUAUAUCAUGAUGACUCUGACCAACUGGUAUAGCCCUGAUUCCUCGUACGAAAUAAUGACGAGUAAAUGGCCGUCAGUUUGGGUGAAGAUUUCUUCUAGUUGGAUCUGCAUCAUGCUAUAUGGGUGGACCCUGGUUGCUCCACUUGUGCUGACAACUCGUGAUUUUGAUUGAAGCAUAAACUGAAGCAUGAACAGUUAAUGUUUUCUGUUGACAUGCCUGGGUUUAUGCAACUGAAAUCUAAAUGCAGUGUUAAAUAACUAAUUGUGUGUUCUGCCAUGUGAUAUUUAUUUCCUCUCCAUUUUAUUGCAUAAUUGGACUAAACAUGGAGUUAUUUUUGCUGAAUUGCACAUUAAAUGCUAAUUACUGAAGUAAAAUAUUUGAUUUGUAGAUUGUUGAAUGUGUGACAAUCUCAAAAAUUAAAUGUGCCCACACUUCUAAAGAAGUGGAAAAAGCAACUUAUUUAAGAAAAACAAUGUCUUGAAAUGUCUGAUUGAUUGGUCUUUUGUUUUUAGCUUUGCUUGUUUGUCUAGGCUAAGGCUUUGUCAGCAUUUGUAUAGAUUACAUUGUGUAAAAUGGUUGUGUAGGAAUUGCUUUUAGUGUGCACAAAAUGUAAAUGAGUUAAGUCAGUUAAUACUGCUGAUAUUUGACUAACCUUGCUUUGACCCAACUUUGAAGUUGACAGGGCGUGAAUUCUGUUGUGGAUGUUAUUGUAAACAGCAUAAAUUAUCUUGCUGAUUCAUAGUUAUAAAUGGUAUUGAAUGAAUAUCUAAUGUCUGCACUGAUCAUUUGACCUAGGCUGAUUAACUUAAGUAUAAAUUUACAAUUGAUACUGAUUGAUAUAGGAUAAUGGUAUCUUCAAGUACAGGAACUGAAUGUAGUUUAUUGCCCAAUUGUCUUUGUCUUUUAAAGUACUGUUAUUUUUGCAUGCAUAAUGGUAACUGAGCUAUUCUUGCUGUUAGUAAUAACAGAUGUAUAGUUACUGCUCAUAUUUUAAAGGCCUGAGUUAUUGACCUUUUGUGGCCUUAGUAAAAUGAUUGCUUGGAAACAUUCCUUCCUACUGCCAUGACGUUAAAAAUUCAGUAUUAAUGAUGGAAGGUAUCAUAUGCCUAAUUCUGAAAAAAAUAUGCCACAUACAUUUAUUAGUCUAUUUUCUGCUUAAUCAUUUUCCUUUUAAGAGAUGUUUUCCACUUAUUUACAUGAUUAAAUUUUCUUCAGACAAAGCAAAUGUAUAUUUCUUAUUGAUAGCACUAUAUCAACACUCACACCUAUCAAGAGUAAGCCAUGGUAGGACCAAAUUAAUUCUUCUACCAUGCAAAUCCAAGUAUAUUUGCAUAGUGAAGCAUAAGUCUUCAUUUCAUUACUGGAGGACUAAAUUAAGGCACUAAACUUUAAGCUGUUUGCAUCACAGAUGACCAAACUCAAAGAAUUACAAGGUAUAUUUUGUUGGUGAGAUGUAAUAUAUACUCCUGAAAAAUGCAAAUAGAUCUGGUUAUAACACCAACAACACAGAAGCUUAAUCCAAAAAUCGGAUCAUAGUAGUUUUUUUUUAAUGGUCAUGGAAUGUAGAAUGGUGCAUUCAGUUGUCCCAAGCUAGGUUUGGGGCAAAUGAUAUUUGCACAAUACAAAAUUGCAAGGUAUUUCACACAUCGUUGCUUUAAGCAACAACAUAAAACAAUGCCAUGUAAUGGCACAGCAAUAGUACAAAAAAAUUAAACUUACAUAAAGCUGCAUUUCUGAUGGAAUUUAAGAGUACAGGGAACAAGAUCUUUAUAUAUAUUAGCAAAAAUUGAUUACAACAUAUUUACAUGAAACAAUACAGGACACUAACUACACAAACCAAUCUUACAGUAUAAAUUAAAUGUUUCAAGUUAAGUUAGUCUUUAGCUGAAUGUUGAAUAACAAUAGUUAAACUUAUUGGCUAACUGUCCAGUAAAGAAUUUUCACCAUCUAGACUAUUAGAGGGAGUCAAUUCACAAAGGUAAAACAGUGUUUCUUCUCUUGCUUCUUCUUCUGUUAAAGGUUCUAAUUUAAAAAGUUGACUGGUUUUCUUCUUAUUUUCCUGUUCUACUUUUUCUGUGUUUUCAUUUUUCUGUAGGUGAUUGUCUUCACAUGUACACUUAAGGCCUGAAGUAGUGUUUUCCUUUUCCAAUAAAGAGGAUGCAUUUCCAUCCAAGAAAGUUA